UUAACGACUAGCUUGACAGUGGUGUGAAGAUGGCGGCGUACAGUUACCCUCAGCUGCUGCCGCUGCUGUUAUCGUGCGUGUGUCUCUGCGGUUUCGGCUCCGUCCUCGGCUUGAAGGCUGUCAGUGGCCCGGCCGAGUCGCCCAACCCGCCCAACCCGCCCGUCCUCAGAGCGGUUGAUCCCCCGGCCAAGGAUGCACCUGCCGCCGCUGCUGCCGCUGGGGCCUCUCAGCCUCGAAGGGCGACCAGUUGGAAGCUGUCGGAGGAGGCGGCCUGCCGCGAGGACCUGUCCCGCCUCUGCCCCAAACACACCUGGACCAACAACCUGGCCGUGCUGGAGUGCCUGCAGGACCGCAGAGAGGAAUCUGAGAUCGCUCCUGACUGUAACCAUCUUCUGUGGAACUAUAAACUCAAUCUGACCACAGAUCCAAAGUUUGAGUCGGUGGCCAUGGAGGUCUGCAAGAGCACCAUCAAUGAGAUAAAGGAGUGUAACGAGGAGGAGCGAGGGAGGGGCUACCUGGUGUCCUGUCUGGUGGAUCACCGUGCCAACGUCAGCGAGUACCAGUGCAACCAGUACAUCACCAAGAUGACAAGCAUCGUCUUCAGCGACUACAGACUGAUCUGCGGCUUCAUGGACAAAUGUAAAGAAGACAUCAACAGCCUGCGCUGCGGCAGCAUCAAUGUGGGACAAAAGGACGUCCACUCUCAGGGCGAGGUCAUCUCCUGUCUGGAGAAGGCGCUGGUUCGGGAGGCGGAGCAGCAGGAUCACGUUCAUCCAAUCAAAGAGGAGUGCCAGAGGGCCAUCCUGCGGGUGGCGGAACUGUCGUCAGAUGACUUUCACCUCGACCGACAUCUUUACUUCUCCUGCAGAGCCGACCGCGAGAGAUUCUGUCGGAACACUCAGGCAGGGGAAGGGAAAGUCUACAAGUGUCUGUUCAAUCACAAGUUUGAGGAGGCUAUGUCAGAAAAGUGCCGUGACGCUCUGACCACCCGUCAGAAGCUGAUCUCUCAGGACUACAAAGUCAGUUACUCUCUGGCUAAAGCGUGUAAGGUGGACCUGAGGAAGCAGCGCUGCAGCCUGGACGCCAACCUGCCGCGAGCGCGCGAGGCCCGACUGUCCUACCUGCUGCUGUGUCUAGAGGCUGCAGUGCACCGCGGUCGUCCGGUCAGCGGCGAGUGUCAGGGGGAGAUGCUGGACUACCGGCGGAUGCUGAUGGAGGAUUUCUCCUUGAGUCCGGAGAUCGUGCUGCACUGCCGCACGGAGAUCGAGGCUCACUGCUCCGGCUUGCACCGCAAAGGCCGCACGCUGCACUGCCUGAUGAGAAUCGGACGCGGCGACCGCAGCACCACGGUCGACAGCAUCUGCCAGAGCGCCCUGCAGACAUUGAUCCAGUCUGCCGACCCCGUAGCCGACUACAGGAUUGACCGAGCGCUCAACGAGGCCUGCGAGUCCGUCAUCCAGACCGCCUGCAAACACAUUCGCACCGGAGACCCAAUGAUCCUGUCGUGCCUGAUGGAGCACCUGUACACGGAGAAGAUGGUGGAGGACUGUGAGCACCGGCUGUUGGAGCUGCAGUAUUUCAUAUCCAGAGACUGGAAACUGGACCCCAUCCUGUAUAAGAAGUGUCAGGGUGACGCUGCUCGCCUCUGCCACACACACGGCUGGAACGAGACCAGCGAGCUGAUGCCGCCGGGCGCCGUCUUCUCCUGCCUGUACCGCCACGCUUACCGCACCGAGGAGCAGGGACGCCGGGUAAAUUCAGCCGAGCAGUUAUCUCGGGACUGUAAGGUGGAGGUUCAGAGGAUUCUCCGCCAGCGGGCGCUGGAUGUGAAGUUGGACCCUGAUCUGCAGAGACGCUGCAUGACCGACCUCGGCAAGUGGUGCAGCGACAAGACGGACGCUGGACAGGAGCUGGAGUGUCUGCAGGAUCAUUUGGAGGACCUGGUGUCAGCCUGCAGGGAGGUCGUGGGCAACCUGACCGAGCUGGAGUCAGAGGACAUCCAGAUUGACGCUCUGCUCAUCAAAGCCUGUGAGCCUGUCACUCAGGCCUACUGCCAUGAUGUAGCUGAUAACCAGAUCGAUACAGGUGAUCUGAUGGAGUGUUUGGUUCAGAACAAACACCAGAAGGAGAUGAACGACAAGUGUACAGUCGGCGUUACACACUUCCAGCUGGUUCAAAUGAAGGAUUUCCGGUUCUCCUAUAAGUUCAAGAUGGCCUGUAAGGAGGACGUUCUGCGCUUGUGUCCAAACAUCAAGAAAAAGGUGGAUGUAGUCCUCUGUCUCAGCUCCACGGUGAAGAACGACACGCUGCAGGAGGCCAGGGAGCAGCGGGUUUCACUCAAAUGUCGUAAACAGCUGCGUGUGGAGGAGCUGGAGAUGUCGGAGGACAUCCGGUUGGAGCCAGAGUUGUACGAUCCCUGUAAGUCCGACAUCAGUCGCCUGUGUCCCAACGUGGCCUUUGGUAACGCUCAGAUGAUCGAGUGUCUGAAGGAGCAGAAGAAGCAGCUGAGUCAGCGCUGCCACCAGCGGAUCUUCAGGCUGCAGGAGGUGGAGAUGAUCGACCCCGAGCUCGACUACCAGCUGAUGAGAGUCUGCAAGCAGAUGAUCAAGCGGUUCUGUACCGACGCGGAUGCCAGAAACGUCCUUCAGUGUCUGAAACAGAACAAGAACAGCGAGCUGAUGGAUCCCAAGUGUAAACAGAUGAUCACCAAGAGACAGAUCACGCAGAACACGGACUACAGAUUAAACCCGCUGUUGAGAAAAGCUUGUCGAGCCGACAUCCCAAAGUUCUGCCAGCCCAUCCUGAACAAGGCGAGCGAGGACAGUGAGCUGGAGGGCCAGGUCAUCGCCUGCCUCAAACUAAAAUACGCUGACCAGAAGUUGUCUUCAGACUGUGAAGACCAGAUCAGAGUGAUUCUCCAGGAGUCAGCGCUCGACUACAGACUCGACCCACAGCUGCAGAUGCACUGCACAGAUGAGAUCUCCAGGUUGUGUGCGGAGGAGGCAGCAGCUCAGGAGCAGACCGGUCAGGUGGAAGAGUGUCUGAAAGUCAAUUUGCUGAAAAUCAAACUGGAAGCUUGUAAAAGGGAAGUCCUGAACAUGCUGAAGGAGAGCAAGGCGGACAUCUUUGUGGACCCGGUCCUCCACACAGCCUGCGCUCUGGACCUCAAACACCACUGUGCUGCCAUCACGCCCGGCAGAGGACGACAGAUGUCAUGUCUGAUUGAGGCGUUACAGGACAAGAGAGUUCGUCUGCAGCCCGAGUGUAAGAAAAGACUUCAAGACCGUAUCGACAUGUGGAGCUACGCUGCCAAGGUGGCGCCAGCAGAGGGCUUCUCAGACCUGGCCGUGCAGGUGAUGACAUCGCCUUCCAAGGACUACAUCCUGCUCAUGAUCGCGCUGAGCGUGUGCAUCCUCUUCCUGGUGGGUCUGCUGUGCGGGCGGAUCACCAAGCGAGUGACGAGGGAACUGAAGGACCGGUAGAGGACCAGAGCGCUCUAACAAAAGACUGACUCCUCGCACCUUCCUCCUCCUCCUCCUCUUCCUCCUCCUCCUCUCUCAGAUGCCCAGUGCCCACAAUUGGAACUCCUCUGUUUAUUGGCGGAUGCUGAAUAUUUGCAACAAAAUGCAAACUGGUCCCCCAACUCUCACAAAAAGCUUAAAAUCCCUCCAUUUGGGCAUCUCCAAACUGAUCGUCUGAUUGGAGCGAUUUUUGCCUCGAUCGUAUUUCUCUCCCCAC